AUGCAGCUCAGAAACCUGCCUCUGCAGCUCGGGGACUAUGGUCCUGCCUUGAUGCUGCGCUGGUAUAAGUCAGAUAACGUCUCCCUGGUCCUCAAGGUCAUCCUUUGGCCGUCUGAACUUGAUACAGCUUUGUCACCAGAGUCAGACAUCAUGUCAACAACUGACAGAGACAAAAUACCAGCCUCCGUGGCUCAGAACAAGACCGCCAGCCCGCCGGUCAAGGUUCCGCCACAACAGGGGAAGCACACUGGCAUGAAUUCAAUCCACGAGGUCGUCUUUGUCGCCGUCCUCUGCCUUGCUCAGUUUCUCUCCCUGGCAGCCAUGAACCAGACUGUUGCCCCCAUGCUCAUCCUUGCCAAGUAUUUUGACAUCCAUGACUAUGGCAACCUCAGCUGGUUCUCGGCAGCUUACAGCAUGACCGUCGGGACUUUUAUCCUGCCAGCUGGUAAGCCAACCCUUCAAGCCCCCUGCCAGACAUGCCCUACAUCAAGGUUCACCACCGGAACACCAACUGACAGACAACCUCACAGGAAGACUCGGCGACAUCCACGGGCACAAGCUCGUCUUCAUGGUCGGUUGGGCCUGGUUCAGUCUCUGGUCCCUCGUCUCCGGCUUCUUUGGCCUUCCCACCUCAUCUGGUUCAGCACUUGUCGCGCGUUCCAGGGUAUCGGUCCAGCAUUGGUCAUCCCCAACGCUAUAGCCAUCAUCGGACGAACGUUUCCCAUCGGACUAAAACGAAACAUCGCCUUCGCUUGUUUCGGAGCAGCAGGGCCGACGGGAGCGGCGGUGGGUGCUAUCCUUGCGUCGCUUGUCGCUGAGAAACUCUCAUGGCAUUGGUGCUUCUGGUUCUUGGCCAUGACAUGCGCUGUGUUGGUGGGGGUUUCGUGGUUCGUUAUUCCCCAGCCGUCUGAGUCUGCGUCUCGGUCCCCGGAUGCAUCACCAGAGCGAGACGGCAGCAAGAUUGAGCCCGAAACCGACCCAAACCCUACCUUCGACCACCUAGGCGCCCUAACCGGCGUCACCGGGCUGAUCCUCAUAAACUUCGCCCUCAACCAAGCUCCCCUCGUCGGCUGGAGCACCCCUUACGUCCCCGUUCUCCUCGUCCUCGGCAUUCUUUCCCUAGCCGCAUUCGUCUGGGUUGAGCUAUGUUUCGCUUCACAGCCCAUCGUCCCCCUCCGCGGCCUUCAGCGGCACGCAGCUUUUGUCCUUGUCAUCGUGUUUACCGGCUGGUCCUCCCACGGCAUAUGGGUUUACUACCUUUACAUCUUCCUCGAACACUUACGCGGCCACUCCGCCCUCUUGACUUCAUUCGAGACCUCCCCGGUUGCGGUGACAGGGAUCUUCUUCGCCUUCCUGACGGUAUACCUCCUCCGCCGCGGCGUGUCGGUAUCGCUGAUAAUGCUCAUCUCCUGUUUCUUCUUCUUCCUCGGCUCCCUCUUGGUCGUCUUGACGCCUCUGCAUCAAACUUACCGGGCAAAUACGUUUGUGGCGGUACUGUUAAUGCCAGGCGCCAUGAACCUGUCCUUCCCAGCUGCCACGAUAUUGCUAAGUGAGACGUUGCCGAGGGAUAAGCAAGGGAUGGCAGCUAGCCUUGUUGCGACAGUGGUGAAUUACUCUAUCAGUUGUGGGCUGGGACUGGCGGGGAGUGUACAUAAGGCUGCGCUUAUCAAGGCGGGAGAUAAAGCAGGUGUGGAGAGAACGAGAAGUAGUCCGAUGCCCAAGCUGAGCGAGAGUAAUGAAGUUUUGGUGGGCGUGAGGUUGGAAGGGUUGAGGAUGGCGGUUUGGGUUGGAGUUGGACUGGGGGCGUUAGGGGUGGUUGUGGCUGGGGGGUUUUGGGUGGUGAUGUGGGUGCAGGCGAGGAAGGCAAGAAAAGGGAGGAAGAAGCGAGAGGUGGAGGAGGGUGAUGGAGUGAUGGAGUUGGAGAGAAACAAGUUGAGGAAGUUUUCGGCAGGCACGACUACCACGACGACCGGGACAACAAGGAGCGAGGAUGAAGUGGUUGAGGGGGAGAAGGGGUUGCAUCAUCAUGAGGAGAUGAAAAGUGUUUGA